GGCACCACCGGUGGUAGUGUUUGUGUGAUGCCUUAGGGGUUUAUUUCUUAAACUCUUAGGGUUUUUGUUUUUGUUUGUUUUUGUUUGUUUGUUUUUAAUCUUCAGAAAGGCAAGAAUAAUUGAUCUGUUGGGAGUCUGAGGCUCUGUUACUCCCGGAGAGGCUCCUUUCCCUUUCCUGCACCUUUUUCUUUACGCAGACUUUACUCUUUUGCGGAUCCGCACCAGCCUCCCAUCUCGGCUCCCUGGAGGAGACCCGCUCAUCACUGCCGCAGUCUGAGGAAUGGAACAGGACAGCCCUCGGGAAUCCCCAUCGCAGGAAGAAUCUUCCUUGCCGGCAGAGCGGCCUUCCUCCGCCCUCGGACAGUCUUUCUCCCAGGUUUUGCAUCGUCUUACCAGCCAGGAGUCCCGACGGGGCAAGGCCAGAAGUGCCGUAGUUCAGGACCUCGGUGCUCUAAUAGAAGCCACAGAAUGUGAUCAGUUAUUUGAGGGUAGUGGCACAUCGCCCCGCGGAAUGCCAGAGAUGCUGGGGCAGGUGGCAAAAGCCCUAGAGAAGUAUGCAGCCCCACCCAAGGAGCAGCAAGGUAGAGGUCAUGGCCACUCUGAAGUGGCCGAGAAAGCGGCAGCAGUUGGGGUACUGUUUCUUAAACUGUUGGGGAAAAUUGAGGCGGCCCAGAAUUCCUUGCUUUGUCCUACAUGGAAGAUAGGCCUGCGUCACUUGGCAGGACCCAUCUAUAUUUUCGCGGUCACACACAGCUUGGAGCAACCAUGGACCAGCCCGAGAUCCCAUGACGUUGCUGGAGAGGUGCUCUCCUUACUCCUCCGAGUUACUCGGUGUGGUUCUGUGGCAGGAUUUCUGCACGGAGAAAAUGAAGAUGAGAAAGGGAGAUUUACUGUAAUAAUGGAGCUUCUCAAACCUGAUCUGAAUAAGGAAUCCUGGAAGAAAAACCCUGCCACCAAACAUGUUUUCUCAUGGACUCUGCAACAGGUCACCCGACCCUGGCUGAAUGAACAUCUGGAGAGGGUACUCCCCGCAUCACUGCUCAUCUCGGAUGACUAUCAAACUGAGAACAAAACACUUGGUGUGCACUGCCUCCAUCACAUUGUGCUGAAUGUGCCGGCUGCUGAUUUGCUCCAGUAUAACAGAGCCCAGGUCCUCUACCAUGCCCUUUUCAACCACCUGUACACACCAGAGUACAACCUCAUUCAGGCUGUGCUCCUUUGUCUGCUGGAUUUAUUCCCUGUCCUUGAGAAAGGCCUGCACUGGAAGGGAGGUGCUGCUCGACCCACCACGCACUGCGAUGAGGUACUGCAGUUGAUCCUGACCCACAUGGAGCCGGAGCACCGCCUUCUCUUACGCAGGACCUACGCGAGAAACCUCCCAGCGUUUGUGAAGAGGUUGGGGAUUCUAACUGUCCGGCACUUAAAGAGGCUGGAGCGAGUCAUCAUUGGUUAUCUGGAGGUUUAUGAUGGACCAGAGGAGGAGGCUAGAUUGAAGAUACUGGAAACUCUAAAACUUCUCAUGCAGUAUGCAUGGCCCAGAGUUUCCUGUAGACUUGUGGUCUUACUGAAGGCUCUCCUGAAACUGAUAUGCGACGUAGCAAGGGAUCCAAACCUUACACCCGAGCCUGUUAAGAACACCUUAUUAGAGGAAGCCACAGAUUGCCUGAUUCUCCUGGACCACUGUUCUCAAGGACAGGUGAAGGGUCUCCUGGUCAAAAUUCUCCAAAGCUGUGAAGACAGCAAGGUGGUGAACUGUAUCAGAAAAGUGCAGCAGGUGUCUGAAGGCGCGUCCUGCGACGGAACUUAAAUUUGUCUUUCCUACAGCAGGAAGGCUUCUUGGUCCAACUGUGUAAAUGGAAUUGUUUAAGAAAAAAGGUAUUUUCACACUAAACAUUAUAACUUAGACCUUCUUUGUCCUUCUUUUAUUCCCACAGAAGUAGGGAAAA